UUGUCUGCAACAGCAGGAGCGGCUCAUCCGCCCCAGUGUCGAGCGAAUGUGUUGAGUGUUCGAUAGAGUCCGCCGGUGUGGCUCCAUGAUAACUUGACAUCGCAUCGGCGGCUACACCUUCAACAUUUUCACCACAAAAAGGGAGUAAUCGGCUGUUUAUCGUUAUCGCGGCGCCGGACUGCUCCACAAUGGCUCUGUACGAGUACGUGACCCAGGAGCAGCUUGCGGGCUUCGACAAAUACAAGUACAGUGCCGUGGACUCCAAUCCGCUGUCCGUCUACAUUAUGCACCCUUUCUGGAACUUUGUGGUUAAGUUUCUACCAAGGUGGUUGGCUCCAAACCUCAUAACCUUCACAGGCUUCAUGUUCCUCGUGGUGAACUUCCUCAUGUUGGCCUUCUAUGACUUUGACUUCAGUGCCUCAGCCGCUGGCCAUCAGCACGUGCCUAGCUGGGUGUGGGUCACUGCAGGGAUCUUCAACUUCUUGGCCUACACGCUCGAUGGCGUGGACGGCAAACAGGCACGCCGCACCAACUCCUCCACACCACUGGGGGAGCUGUUUGACCACGGGCUGGACAGCUGGGCAUGCAUCUUCUUCGUGGCCACGGUUUACUCCAUAUUUGGGCGCGGGGAGAGCGGUGUGGGCGUAGACACGCUCUACUACAUCCUGUGGGUGGUGCUGUUCUCCUUCAUCCUGUCACACUGGGAGAAAUACAACACAGGAAUCUUGUUUCUGCCUUGGGGAUAUGACAUCAGCCAAGUGACCAUCUCCCUGGUCUACGUGGUCACCUCCGUGGUCGGUGUCGAAACAUGGUACCAGCCGGUCCUGUUCCACUUCCUGUACAGAGACCUUUUCACCUUCAUGAUCAUUGCCUGUUCCUUCACUGUGACCUUACCCAUGAGCCUCUACAACGUCCUCAGGGCUCAUCGCAGUAACUCCCUGAAGCACAGCAGCUUGUAUGAAGCUCUGCUGCCUUUCCUCUCGCCCACACUCCUCUUCCUCCUGUCCACCACGUGGGUGCUGUUUUCUCCAUCCAACAUCCUGGAGCUGCAGCCCAGGGUCUUCUACCUCAUGGUGGGGACGGCCUUCGCCAAUGUCACGUGCAAGCUGAUUGUGUGUCAGAUGAGUAACACGCGUUGCCAAGCGUUCAGCUGGCCGCUGCUGCUGCCCAUGGCCGCCGUGGUGGCGCUCGCCCUGUCCGGCUUGGCGUCCAACGAGGUGCUGCUAUUGCACCUGUGGACGGCCGCUGUUGUUGCAGCGCACGUACACUACGGCGUAUCAGUGGUCCAGCAGCUCAGCGGCCACUUUGGCAUCUCAGCCUUCUCUCUGAAGAAGCCCAGCAGUGACUGACAGGAGGAGGAACGAAUCGGCCUGAAAGGGGCAGAGGUUUAGACUCCUCCCCCUUUCUCUCUGCUCAGUGACGCGUCACUCUCGUCACCACGGAAACCGCAUCCUCUCCAUCUGUGGAGGACCAAGUGGAACUACACUGUGCCCCACCCACCCUCACACACACACACACACACACACCUCUCGUUUCUGUGAUUGGGCGAGCUCAGGGGCUCUGGCUUCCUUCAUUGGACAAUUGGUGCACAUUGUUGAGCCAAUGAGGUGCAAGUGUUUCCUAGGGAAAUUACACACACACACACACACACACACAUGCGCGCACACACGCAGAUGAUAUUAAGAAUGUAUAAAACGCCACAUUUAAAUGAAAUGUAAUUUUUGUGUUGGGAAAGCAGACAUGACUAAUGGAUCUAAUGAUUAUUCCCUCUACGGUGUUUUCUCCAACCUGGGCAAACCUUGACCAACGUGACCUCUGACAUUUUUCAGCUUUCCCCCACACCCCCUCCCCCUACGAGGUGUCGUGUCUUCAUGCUGAUUCGUCCAAUUUCUUUGUUGUUGUUUACAUGUUCUGUUGCCAAGGCGAUUGCGUUUUAAUGAAGAGUGCGUCCAAAAGCCGUACGACGGAGCGGAUUCACUCUGAGGGGAACAAGCCGACGCACGGGACACAACGCCAGCACUCUGUCGCUGUCACGCGUCUUAUCUCCUUUUUUUUUUUAUUUGACAUUUUUGUAAUUUUGUCACUUUAACACAAAAUAUUUUCGUCGCCGGCGAGUGAUUGUGUGCCCUCUGCUGGCCCAUAUGUGAACGGAUGGAAAUCUAUGUUUUGUGGUGCAGAGCAGCUAGUAAUGUCUGCAUGCGUUUCAAGCACAUAAACAGGAGAGGGCGCUGUCCGGGGGUGUACGUGUGGGCUACAUCAAUCAUCUUUACGUUAACUUCAGCGUCUCACCUCCUCUGCUCACAUGGUGGGUCAGAACCGGGCCUUUUGUCCUGGUUUUGCUUGGAGCCAUACAGGAAAGCAGACCAAGAAAAGAUGAACAAAAAGUUAAUUAGCACACAGACUUUGUUGAGAUGAUGAAAAUAAACAACUUUAUGAUCAACCGUGUAAAAAAGGUAAAAGUAAACUUUGCGUAUGUGUGCUUUUAUUGUGAAGACGGAAACGGUAAAAGGAAAUACUUUUCUAUAGCAACGGUGAAGAAAGUUAGGACCAAAAAGGCUCAAAAUGUGUAUUGAAACGAGCAGGUUGGUUUUCCCAAGACGAGAUCAGGCAGACACGCUUUUCUGUCAUUUUAAAUCUUUUAAAUUAGAGCAUGCUGGACUCCUGCUCACGUCAACAGGUCGUGAUGAAAACCAGGAAGUGUCUAAGUGCUGCGUACUCCUUCCCGAGUGGAUCAGAUGUGAUUUAUGUGUUUGCAUCUAACUGGUCCGGGCUUGUGUCAAUCGAGGGCGCACGGCUGUGGUAAGGUGGCCUCACCCCCACCCUCGCAAAGAAAGGCGGGCAAGCUUGUCUCGCCGAAGGUGAAAGCGAAACCAAUGCAAGCAUAGAAUAACUAAGAAUGCUUUAUCUAAUACUAUCAACUCUUACAGUAUCUAAAUGUAUUGUUUCUUCUGCACACUUGGCCUUCAGCUCUAACGUUGGUCAUUGGAGCCACGGGUGGUUCAUCAUCUGUCGCAUUUCAACCAAGCCGCAAUGAUGCUCCACGUGCUCUAACGCAUUACGUCCAGCAGGUGGCAGCACUUGGUCUGGAACGGCACGGCACAUUAAAAACAUAAAAACUGAGAAUAAAGGAUAUUAAAUGAGCAAAUUGACUCUAUGUCAAAGGAUUUUUAGCGAUACAAAAGAUUCCUUCAUAGUGUGACUGAAAAUAGGCAAGAUGUUAAAGUGGCAAACAAAAAAUGUUGGCUGAACUAAAAUGUAGAGAUUUGUUUGCCUAUAAAAGAUUAGAUGAAUGAAAGGGGAAGCAAGUUCAUCAGCUCAUAUGAACAAGACAGGCUUAAAGGAAAUUUAAAAAUUUUGCCCAUCAUCCACAAUCCUUAUGUAAGACAUGACACACGUCUCUCUUCUGUGUGUUCUAAAGACAUAAAAAGAGGCGGCUAAUAAUGCACAUAAUGGGACGAACCUAUAAAGCCUUCUGAAAAAACUGCCAAAAAGCCCCAACAAUGCUCCAUUUUCAUAACAUGACCUGCAUAUUAACCAAGCUACAGUGACAUUAUUAUUGUUAUUAACAUUGUUACGCCCAAGAACUACGUUACUGUUGUAUGGACACCUCGCCACACCACACCGGCUAGCUACCAGCCGGCUAGCGACUAGCUUCACCACACACUCGCUCACAAUGCCUCAGGCCACUAGCGAAAGGUAACGCUACAUAUUGGAGCUGCUGAUGCUGUGUUUUUGUUUUUUAGUUUGGAAAAGCUAAUGCUAGGUGUAGCGUACCUUUCUAUGUUGUUAUAUGACACCAAUGCACCCAGGAAGGAAGUUCCCAAAAUACUGUAAUUAUUCCAUGUUAGAAAACCAUAAAACCUUGUUGGAGCUUUUUGGAGGUGUUUUAAUAGCGGCCUUUCUAGGAGGAAAAGA